CCAUAAUCGUACCCACCUCAACAGCUAUGUAAAUGUAAUCAACAACCGCUAAGCAAGCGCAGAGCAGAGAGAAAGAAAGAGAGUGUGUGAGGGAGACGUACCCUCCGACAUUUUCUCUAUUCUUUAAGCAAAAGCCUUUCUUUCUUCUUCUUUUUCUUCUAUUCAGAUCUCUCUCUCUCUCUCUCUCUAAUCUCUAGCUUUUAGAUUUUCUCUCUCUCUCUCUCUCUCCCUCUAUAUCUCUCUCGUUUUUCUUACAUACGCCCCAAUGUUCUAGAGAGCUAAUCAAAGUCAACACGCUCUCUUUUCUACGCCUAAGCCUCACGGUUUAGAACCGAUUUUGCGCCACCGGAAAAAUGGCGGUUUCGGCUCCAAUUACGCCGGGGCAGGUGUCCUUUUUACUUGGAAUUAUCCCAAUUUUCGUCUCAUGGAUAUAUGCAGAGUUUCUAGAAUAUAAGAAAUCUUCACAUCCUUCUAAAGUUCAUUCAGAUGUUAAUCUAGAUGAAUUGGGAAAGGAGACAAUCAAAGAAGAUGAUCGGGCUGUUUUGCUGGAAGGAGGCCUCCCAAGAUCAGCAUCUGCAAAGUUUCAUAGUAUAUCCAUUAAAAUGAACCUAAUUAGGUUUCUGACAAUGGAUGACUCCUUCUUGCUAGAAAAUAGGGCAACUUUGAGAGCAAUGUCUGAGUUGGGGGCAAUUCUGGUCUAUUUCUACAUAUGUGAUCGAACAAAAUUACUGGGAGAAUCUACAAAGAAUUACAAUCGGGAUCUUUUCCUCUUUCUCAACAUUCUGCUUAUCAUAGUUUCAGCAUUUACUUCAUUGAAAAAACAUAGUGAUAUGUCAGCAUUCUCUGGAAAAUCCCUACUUUACCUUAAUCGGCAUCAAACUGAGGAGUGGAAAGGAUGGAUGCAGGUCCUAUUUUUACUGUACCAUUACUUUGCUGCAACAGAGAUAUACAAUGCAAUACGCGUCUUUAUUGCUGCAUAUGUUUUUUUGACUGGAUUUGGCAACUUUUCCUAUUAUUAUAUUAGAAAGGAUUUUAGCAUUGCACGUUUUACUCAGAUGAUGUGGCGGUUAAAUUUCUUUGUGGCAUUUUGCUGCAUUGUUCUGAACAAUGACUAUAUGUUGUACUAUAUCUGCCCUAUGCACACGCUUUUCACUGUAAUGGUGUAUGGAGCCCUUGGGAUUUUUAACAAGUAUAAUGAGAUAAGAUCAGUGAUGGCUGUGAAGUUUCUUGCAAGCUUUCUUGUGGUUAUCUUGAUAUGGGAAAUCCCGGGAUUUUUUGAAAUAUUCUGGCGUCCUCUAGCAUUCCUUUUAGGGUAUACCGAUCCUGCAAAACCAGAUCUCCCUCGAUUACAUGAGUGGCAUUUCAGAUCUGGACUUGAUCGCUAUAUUUGGAUCAUUGGAAUGAUAUAUGCAUACUACCACCCCAAUGUUGAGAAAUGGAUGGAGAGAUUGGAGGAAUGUGAAACCAAGAGGAGAGUCUCAAUCAAAGCAAGCAUUGUUGCAGUUUCCGUGUUUGUUGGUUAUCUGUGGUAUGAAUGUAUUUACAAGCUGGACAAGGUUACAUACAACAAAUACCAUCCAUACACAUCAUGGAUUCCUAUAACUGUUUAUAUUUGCUUGCGGAAUUUCACUCAGCAGUUUCGGAGUGUCUCUUUAGCUCUUCUUUCGUGGCUUGGCAAGAUAACUUUGGAGACCUAUAUUUCACAAUUCCAUAUCUGGUUGAGAUCAAAUGUGCCUAAUGGACAGCCUAAGUGGCUCCUUUCUCUUAUUCCAGAAUAUCCCAUGCUUAACUUCAUGCUCACUUCUGCCAUUUAUGUCAUAAUAUCUCAUCGCCUUUUUGAAUUAACCAAUACACUGAAGACAGUUUUUAUACCCACAAAAGACAACCGACGGUUGUUUUCUAAUUUUGUUGCUGGGGCAGCCAUUUGUGUGUGUGUGUAUUUCAUCGCAUUCAUUCUCGUUCAGAUCCCUCAUUAACCGUAGGAAAUUAAAGAAAGCUGGGAAGUUUGUUUUCCUUGGGGACCAAAAGCAUGGCAGUUUGAUGCUUCACACUUUUAGUGCCGCUUGUGAGCAUUUUUGGUUUUGGUUUACUUAUUAGUAUCGUGAGCAUAUUAUCAAACCCUAAAUAGGUUGCCAAAAGUUGUAGCAAAGUAGUCAAAACACGGACUAGGAUCCGGUGCAAUACCCUUCAUUCAUCUCCUCUCACAAAUUUUUUUCACUUUUUAUCUUUUUAACUUUCACUUUUUACCUUUCUUAAUUUUUUUUCUUAACUUUUUUAAAUUAAUGGUUGAGAUUAAAAGUUGCUUUUUGCAACUAUCAAUCUCAACUAUUCAUAAGAAUUGCAUCAGGUGCAAUACUCUAGGUAUUGCACCUGAUCUCAAUCCUCAAAACAAAGCAAUAUUUAUGUCUUUUACUCUUUUUAUAAAUGAAAAUGACUAAAAGGAGCAACCAGUUUGGAAAACUCAUCAAUGUUGCCAAUAUUAUCAAACCUUAAAUAGGUUGCCAAAAGUUGUAGCAAAGUAGUCAAAACAUGGAUUAGGAUCCAGUGCAAUACCUUUCAUUCAUCUUCUCUUACAAAUUUUUUUCACUUUUCACAUUUCUAACUUUCACUUUUUACCUUUCUUAAUUUUUUUUCUUAACUUUUUUGAAUUAAUGGUUGAGAUUGAAAGUUGCUUUUUGUAACUAUCAAUCUCAACCAUUUAUAGGAAUUGCAUCAGGUGCAAUACUCUAGGUAUUGUAAUACCCUAGGCAUUGCACCUAAUCUCAAUCCUCAAAACACGAUAAUAUUUAUGUCUUUUUAUAAGUGAAAAUGACUAAAAGGCGCACCCAGCUUGAAAAACUCAUCUAGGUUGCCAAUAUUAUCAAACACUAAAUAGGUUGCUAAAAGUUGGAGCAAAGUAGUCAAAAAACGGAUUAGGAUCCAAUGCAAUACCCUUCAUUCAUCUCCUCACAAAUUUUUUUCACUUUUCACAUUUUUAAAUUUCACUUUUUAUAUUUCUUAAUUUUAUUUUCUUAAAUUUUUUGAAUUAAUGGUUGAGAUUGAAAGUUGCUUUUUACAACUAUCAAUCUCAACCAUUCAUAGGAAUUGCAUCAGGUGUAAUACUCUCUAAGUAUUGUAAUACCCUAAGCAUUGCACCUAAUCUCAAUCCUCAAAAUACAGCAAUAUUUAUAUCUUUUUAUAAAUGAAAAUGUCUAAAAUGAGCAACCAACUUGGAAAACUCAUCUAGUUUUUAGCACGUGAUUGACUCAGAAAUUUCUUAUACCUACUGAAGUUGUGGGACCCAUCCAAUUGAAGAUCCACAGGCAGCACUCCCUCAAAGUGGUUCAAAAUUCUAAAUAGGUCCUAAUCCACACUUAUUAGAUCCUAAUCGCUGGACCUAAAACCAUUGAAUAUGUAUGGUUAGUGUGACAACUCAGUUCUCUUAAUUUAUGUUCAAUAUGGGCCAUUAUUAACACCAGUGGAGUGAGUAGUGAUGUGACCAUUAAUUUCAAGAAAUGAUCGUUGAACGUUGAACGUUGAACCGUUGAAGUGUCAACUGAAACUUAAAUCAAGGGGUUAAAAAAAUAACUUUGAAAGGAAAUGAGUUGUCUUUAUCUUUUUGGCUAUUGUUGUAAGGAAAAUAAUUGCUAAAACACAUGAGGUAAAAAUUUACACAUCAUCCAGUUUGUCCUUGAGGAAAGGGCUUGAUGAUGAGGCCAAGCUAACCUCAAAGUCUCAAACUGGGUCGCUUGAGCCUAGAUUCUGCACUUUGUCUUUGACUCAAAUCUUCUUUGGCCUUCUUGUUUUGUUUUGUUUCCAAGCAAUGCUGCUUCUUCUACUUCUCUUUUUGAUGGCAUUUUUUUACUCAACUUGGGAGGACAUGUUAGUAUAUCACUGAGGGCUUCUCUUUGGUUCAAUUAGAGUCGUUUUUA